UGUUAAGUUAGCUACUGGUUAGCUAGGCUGGCUUAGCUAUAAUAGAGUUUCAAAGCUAGUACAAUUUCACAAGUCUAAACAUGAGUCAAUCCGGGACCCUUCAUGAGGAUCUUGGUGAAGCUGGACCCUCAUUGGACUCCGAGAAUCCGGAGGAGAGGAUUGCUGCCAGACGCCUUCGCAUAGCCGCACGAAAAGAAGCCAGGAGAAGACAAGAACUCGGGGAUGACUCAAACGAGAAGAAGGAAAUCGAAGAGGAGACAAGAAAGAGCCAGAUCCAAGUGGAUCAGAGUGAAAAGCGGAUGUUAAAUUUGCUGAGCGACGGGACAGAGCUUGUCACCAACGUCAUGGUAGCAGCAGACGCUAGAGAGUCGCAGUGCAGAGCAGAGAUAGAAGAAGCACGCAGACUCAGGGUGGAAAAGCUGGAGAACGAGGCCAAGGUUAGCUUGGAGAAGUUUGAGGAUAUCAACAAGAAGUGGAUGGUGGCUAAAAUGAAGGAUAUCCCUCAGGACCUGAGAGAUAGUCUGAUCAGCCAACAGCAGCUCUGCGGCCUGCUUGUCCAGGACAAAAACAAUCUGAUCACUGAGCUGCAGCAGGAGCUGAAGCAAGCGGACGACUGCUACGUCAAAGACCUGAAGAGACAGGCUGAGGACGUGGACCUGAUGAUUGAGAGGAUGGAGGACCAGGUCAAGAUCCUGAAUAAGUCAUACAGGGUGGAGCUGGACCAGAUAGAGAGCGCGUACGAGAGCGAGCGCAAGGUGCUUCUGACUGGAGACAGAGAGAAGUGGGAGCAACACAUGAAGGAACGCAGUGACAACGAGUUGGAGAACCUGAUGCAGAGGAUGAGGAGGGUGGAGGAGUACGAGGUCCUGCUGGACCAAGUGAGGGUGGAGGACGCCGAGGAGUACAACAUGAUCAAGAUCAAGCUGGACACCGACGUCCAGAUCUUGGAGCAGCAGCUGCAGCAGAUGAAAGCUACCUACCAGCUGAACCAGGAGAAGCUGGAGUAUAACUUCCAGGUGCUGAAGAAGAGAGACGAGGAGAACGCCAUCACCAAGUCCCAGCAGAAGAGGAAGAUCACCAGGCAGCAGGACGUGCUGAACAACCUGAAGGUGAAAUGUUCCAACCAGGAGAAGCAGUCCAAGGAAGAGAACCAGAGUCUGACAGAGGACUACCAGCGCAUCAUGCAGCAGUACAAACACAUGCAGAAGAAGAUGAGGCACUUUGCCGCCAUCGACUCCAAGAGGUUUGAGGACAUGUGGGUGAUGAACGAGGCUGAGGUGAAGGAGCUGGUGGAGAAGGCCCUGGACAUCGACUGCAUCAUCUACCAGCAGCAGCUGGGCCUGGCCUGGGAGCGUCCUUCGCUGCCCUUCAUGGAGCGCUGUGGCCCCAUCCGGCCCCAGAAGCAAGCCCAGAGGACCGCUCGGCAGACUGCCUCAGAGCUGCUCCAUUCUGGGAAGACCAACAGCUCAAGCCUGGGGACCCGGGAGGCCUCGGUGGGGCCUAGGGCUAUGGUGGAGGCCUCAGUGGGGCCUGGAGCUAUGGUGGAGGCCUCAGUGGGGCCUGGAGCUAUGGUAGAGGCCUCAGUGGGGCCUGGAGCUAUGGUGGAGGCCUCAGUGGGGCCUGGAGCUAUGGUGGAGGCCUCAGUGGGGCCUGGAGCUAUGGUGGAGGCCUCAGUGGGGCCUGGAGCUAUGGUGGAGGCCUCAGUGGGGCCUGGAGCUAUGGUGGAGGCUGGGGCUGGGCCGGGGGCCAGGAGUUCUGGGUUGGCUGUGGAAAGAGAGAGGGAGGACAGUAAGGGGGAGAUGGAGAAGAAGGAGAGUGAGGUGCAGGGAGAGGUGUCAGUGUUGACGGUGAAGAGGCUUCUGGAGCUGCUGUGUGACGAGACGGGCUUCCUGAUAGAGAGUAAGCUCCUGAAGCUGCUGUCUCCUCUGGACAGGGAUGAGCAGUCCCUCAUGAAGCUGGAUGCCAUCUUCACUGCCAUGGGCAUCGAGAGUGAGGAGGAUGUCAACAAGAUGGCCGACUUCUUCAUCAAGUACCCACAGCAACAGGAAGAACGUGCGGUGGAAGUGCCUGCGGAUGAUAACGAGGGCAGAGGGCGGAGCUGUCCCAGCACCCCAACCUCUAAUCUCAUCCACCCUAAUGACGUCUUGAAGGCCCUCAGGGCCUUCACAGCCCAGCACCAACCUAAAAGGGGGGGCAUGGGGCACCAGCAGCUCAGGGGGGGUCUGGGCCAGAGGGAUGACUCUGAGGAUGCUGCCUACUGGGACUCCAUGGCCAACGUCAUCCCAGAGAACAAGCUCAGGAUCUGGGCAGAGCUGGAGACCUCGAUGGAGAAGUACCACACUGUUCUGACAGAGAGGUCAAAGCUCAUGACGGAGACACAGAGUGUGAAACAGCAGAACACUGAGCUCCGCAUGCUGCUCCACCAGUAUGUCACCUCCAAGGUCAACACUGAGCUGGAGAUACCGCCCACCCAGGCGAUGCAGCUGGUGCAAGAGUGAACCUCUCCAGAGAUCCCCCGUACUGUACAC